AUGCCUUCGCCUCUGGCUCCCCGCCACGGCCUCCCGGGCGAGCUGCCUCCGCCGCUGGACUCGAGGCCCUGCAGCAGCCCCUCGGUGCUCCCUGGAAAGCUCUUCCCGAGCAGUGCUCCUUCCCGCGCCCCGAGGCUGCCACGCCGGCUGGCUUGGUGCUUCAUUGACUGGGAACAGGUGCACUUGCUCCAUAAGUUAGGAGCCGGAGGCUUUGGCUCGGUGUACAAGGCGACUUAUUAUGGCGUUCCGGUGGCCAUAAAGCAAGUGAACAAGUGCACCAAGGACCUGCGAGCGUCCCAGCGGAGUUUCUGGGCUGAGCUCAACGUGGCCAGGCUGCGCCACGACAACAUCGUGCGCGUGGUGGCCGCCAGCACCCGCACGCCUGCGCAUUCCAAUAGUCUCGGCACCAUCAUCAUGGAGUUUGGGGGCGAUGUCACUCUACACCAAGUCAUCUAUGGUGCCCCCAGCGGCCCCGAGGAGAGGGCUGGGGAGUCUGGGUGCUGCUCUGGAGAGCAACUGAGUGUGCAAAAGAGUUUCAAGUAUUCCCUUGACGUGGCCAAAGGCCUGCUUUUCCUACACUCGCAGAGCAUCGUGCAUUUGGACCUGAAACCGGCCAACAUUUUAAUCAGCGAGCAGGAUGUCUGUAAAAUUGGUGAUUUUGGGUGUUCCGAGAAGCUGGAAGAGCUGCACGGGUCCCGGGCCCGGCCCCCCCCUCUCGGGGGCACCUACACCCACCGAGCUCCCGAGUUACUGAUCGGAGACCCCAUCACCCCCAAAGCUGACAUCUAUUCUUUUGGCAUCACGCUCUGGCAAAUGGUGACCAGGGACGUGCCUUACUCCGGGGAUCGGCAGUACGUGCUCUACUCUGUGGUGGCCUCCAAUCUGCGCCCCUCCCUGGCCAAGACUGUCUUCACCGACUCGCUCCUGGGGCAGAAGCUUGAGACCCUCAUUCGCUGUUGCUGGGAGGCCGAAGCGCAGCUGAGGCCGAGGGCGGGGCAGCUCCUGGUGACCUUGAACCUUUUAAAAGUCGAAUGGGCCAACGCCACACCUGUAGCAAGAUAA